UUUUGUCACUUCAUUCCUCUAUGGCGACUGCUUGCAAGGAGGCCUUGCCUGUGCCGCUGCCGUUUCCGGCGGGGUUAAAGGUGUUGGUGGUAGAUGAUGACUUAACCUGCUUGAAAAUUCUUGAACAAAUGCUUACCAGGUGCAUGUACAGGGUUACCACUUGUUCCCAGGCUACUGUUGCCUUGAAUCUCUUAAGGGAAAAGAAAGGAUUUUUUGAUAUUGUACUAAGUGAUGUCCAUGUGCCCGAUAUGGAUGGCUUUAAACUUCUUGAGCUUGUUAGUUUGGAAAUGAACCUGCCGGUCAUAAUGAUGUCUGUAGAUGACAGAACAAGUAUCGUUAUGAAGGGAAUCACGCACGGGGCUUGUGAUUAUCUGAUUAAACCUAUACGCUUUGAAGAGUUAAAGAAUAUCUGGCAGCAUGUAGUUUGGAAGAGAUGCAAUAAGGGAAAAGAGAAUGAGCAUUUGGAUACCAUGGAAGAUUAUGAUCAUCGCAAACGGGGAAGUGAUGAGGCUAAGUAUGCUUAUUCUUUUGGUAAUAAAGGAGCAGAUGGAGAACCAGAAACAUCCACAAAAAAGAGAAAAGAUGCUAAACAAAAAGAUGAUACUGAAAUAGGAAAAGAUGACCUUAUUACUUCAAAGAAGACGCCUGUAAUCUGGUCGAUUGAGCUUCAUCAACAAUUUGUUAGUGCUGUGAACCACCUGGGAAUUGAUAAGGCUACACCAAAGAAGAUUAUGGAAUUGAUGAAUGUGCCAGGUUUAACCAGAGAAAACGUGGCAAACCAUUUGCAGAAAUAUAGACUAUAUUUGAGGAGACUAAGUGCAGUAGUCCAAAAGAAGGGCGGCCUUCCCAGUUCUUUUUGUGGUGGGAUUGAUGAGCCAAAUCCAAAAGUAGGUUCAGCAGGAAGGUUUGAUGUCCAAGCAUUGGCUGCUUGUGGUCAUAUUCCACAACAAACUUUGGCAGCAUUUCAUCCUGAGCUUGGUCAGAAUGUUGUGUACACCCAACCAUCAAUACAAUUCCCAUCCAACAUACCCAAGCAUAUUUCGCAGACUGUUGCUGCUGACAAUCCCAUUUCUGGACUUGAUCCCUGGUCUUCAAAAAACCUUGAUAAGAUGGUUGCUGGUGAUAAUGUUACUGGUUUACGUUCUCAAAAUGGUACUUCAAUGAUGAGCACGACGCAACUUCAACAACAGAGACAGCAGCAGGAACCUCAACAGAAUUUAUCUAUUCUUCCAAAGCCUAAUUAUUCAAUCACUGUACAGCCUUCUCAUCUUGUUGUUCCAGCUCAUUCUUCCCCCAGCUUCCAAGUGGUAAAUAGCCUGGUUUCUGCUAAUCAAAAUUGCAGCCCUGGUAGGAGUUCCAUCAUAAAUUACAACAUCGUCUCGCCUCAGUCAAAUAUUCCUGCUACGGGGAUUGGGAGAACAGCAGAUGCUCAACUUAAAUCCACAACCGUGCUUGGCGGGUCAUCAGCUGCAGGUUCUCCAGCUUUGUCUGCCUGUUCAGUAGACGCAAAUAAUGGUGUUGCCGUGCAAGUUCCCAGCUCAGCUUUAACAUUUGGUCCAUCCAGAAAGUUGCCAGUCCAUGUUCCUUAUAUUCCCGUGUUGCAGAAUUCUCCUGGAAUGCCUAAAAACACUGACUUGGGUGGUGGAUGGACAUCGAUUCUUAAUCGUUUUACUGUGGAUGAAAUUGGUUUGCCAGUUAGCAAUGUAAAUCAAGAAAUGAUGCAUGGAGAGAACAAUUGCAACGAUUGCUUUCAAAAGAAGAGCUUCCUAUCUUGGAGAAAGAGCACAUGCCUCCAUCAUUGCUACAUCUGCAUAUUUUUUGUUGUCCUCUUCUUCAUCUUCAUUUUUGGCUCUCCUUCUGGCACUACAUUUUGA